AAAUAGAGAGCGGACGGUCUUGGUUCACAUUGAAGCACGCAGCCCAGCGCUUCUACAGGGGAGGACAUACACAAGCGACCACAACACAACUUCAGCCCCCCUUCUCCUACCUAACUUCGGAUUUACUCUAACUUUCGGGGAGCAACUUUUCCAAGAGACUUUCGCCUUCAAACAAAACCAGUCGUGGCACAAAGGCGUCUUUGCGUAAACAACUGCUCGGUUCUCCAUGAAAGAGGGAGUGCGGCAGCAAAUUUGGGGAAAAGAGAUGUCUGCGACUGUCUUGUCAGCUUUCUACGACAUGGACAUGCUUUACAAGGACAAAAGCAUGAACAUGAACGCCCUGCACAUUAACAGUAUGCUGGACAAGAAAGCGGUGGGAGCGCCAGUCACGACUCCGAGCUCCGGCGGCUCUUUCGCGCCUGGAUUUUUCCGCAGAAACUCGACCAGCAACUUGGAGGCAAUGAACAACGGCAACAAAUACCCGCUGGGCUCCUACAGCAGCCUGAAAGAAAACACCCCGACCAGCAACAGCAGCGCCACGGCCCUCAUGAACAAGGAGAACAAGUUCCGUGACCGCGCUUUCAGUGAGAGCGCAGAGCGGGGCGUGCUGCAGCCCAAGGCCGGCUCACAGAUCAACUCCACCCGCUACAAGACGGAGCUGUGCCGACCCUUUGAGGAGAACGGCUCCUGUAAAUACGGGGAGAAAUGUCAGUUUGCCCACGGUUACCACGAGCUCAGGAGCCUGUCCCGCCACCCCAAGUACAAAACAGAGCCGUGCCGCACUUUCCACACUAUCGGUUUCUGCCCCUACGGUCCCCGCUGUCACUUUAUCCACAACGCGGACGAGCGGAGACCUGCUCCCGCGGGUAACGCCAACGCCCAGCCCACAGAGCCCCGCUGCGGGUACGGCCAGAGGGACAUGCUGCCUCCCCAGCAGCUCUUUACGCAGCGGGACAGACCAAAGCUUCACCACAGCCUGAGCUUCUCCGGCUUCUCCACUCACCACGGGCUCGAGUCUCCCCUGCUCGACAGCCCCACGUCCCGCACUCCUCCCCCGCAGAACAGUGCGUCCUCCUCGGCCUCCAGCUUCUACGAGGAGGCGCUGUCCCCCAGCUCCUGCAUUAACAGCGCUUUCAACUUCCCUGGCCAGGAUCUCAAAGCCUUACUGGCCCCGCUGGCAGUGCACACUUCCAGCGGCUACAGCUCCAGCGGUGCCUACUAUGGGAACAUGCCUGGCAGCGUGUGCCCGCCCUCCCCUCCUCCCUCCUACAACAUGAGCCACCUGCAGGCGCUGCGCCGCCUCAACGAGUCCCCGGUGUUCGAGCCCCCUCCCAGCCCGCCAGACUCGCUCUCUGACCGGGAGAGCUACGCGAGCGGGUCCCUAAGCUCUUCCGGGAGCCUCAGCGGCUCUGAGUCCCCGAGUCUGGACGCGGGGAGGCGUUUGCCAAUCUUCAGCAGGCUGUCGAUUUCUGAUGACUGAACUUGUUUGGUGUUGUUUUUGUUUUCAAACGGAUUACGGAUGGCCUAAAGGGGAGUGGAGGACUCAGACUGGCCCUUAUCACGCAGUGGUUCAAUCCCUGGCCACGGGCCACGGCUACAUUUCAGCGGCAGACACCAGCUGAAGUGCCUUUGAGCAAGACAUUAGUCCCCAGCAGCAGCUCUCGGGGCAGUAACUGCUCUGACCUCCCUGGAGGGGGGCAGAGCAGAGCCCCACCUGGGAUCAAUGAACAGUCAGAAGUGUCCUUGACCUGGCAUUAGUCUAGUGUUUCUUGUAUGUAAUAUAGCUGUAUUAAAGUUAGAUAGUAACAGAAGGCAUUCCACCAGUGCCUUGCCCAAGGGCUCAGAGCAGCCCCUCCUUCAGCUCUAUCAGGCAAGCCACACUUUUCCUGGGAUUAGAUGUGUAACAUGACUUGACAAGAAGAAGAGACUAAAGCGGUGUCAGAUUUCCUCCAUCCUGCCAAGAAAAUGCCUUGACUCAAAGUAACAUGUUUUCUUUUCUUCUCCUAAAAGCUUCUACUUCCAUUCCAGUCUGUCUUCUCCCAGCGCCACCCAGUGGCUGCUGGCUUAGUCUAGCUUGUUGCUUGGUUAAAAAGCACUCUUGAGUUGGGUUUGUUUGGGGAAAUCACUGCUGAUGGUUGAAUAUAUAUUUUUUUAGCUGUUUUUUGAGUGAUUUACAUAGCGGUGCAUAACUGGCUAUGGACUAUUUAACUUAUUUAUUAUCUUGUGAAAAAGUAUAGGCUACAUUGGUAAUUUGUGUCCAUACUGUAUUUAUCAAGUAUGAUGAAGCAAUAGAUCUAUAUUCUUUUAUGUUUAAAUUAUGAUCGCCAUUAUUAAUCUGCAUAAAGUGGAGUGUAUGUUCUUUUCACAGUAAUAUAUAUUUUUUGUUUUUUUUUCUCCUUUUGUAACUUCACUUGGUUAUUUUUAUUGUAAAUGAGUAAAAAAAAAUCUUAAUUUAAGAGAACGUAUGUGAUAUUUAUUUCAUUAAUUUUGUUUUUGUUUACGUUUAAUAAGGUUUGCGUGUUUGCUACAGAGGUCUGUCAGUGUGUAGAAGGCUUUUCCCGUUUUUAUUUAGAUUUUUUUUGUAGAAUGUAUAAACAAUGUGGUUGUACAGACCGUCCAAACCGUUCGUUUUGUUUUAGACCAGCGUCAAACAACCCAAGUAAAUUUAAAUUAACCAAAAAGUAUUUCUGUGCUUGCACGAGGUGUCACUGUGAUUCCAGCCACGUGCUAAAGAAUGUAGCAUCCCCAGUAUUUCUGAUGUAGUGCCUAUGGGGUUCACCAUCCUCAACUUGCCUUAUAUAAGAUUAACCAAAUAAAGUAUUUUCCUACGUCUUUUAUAUACACAGGUCGUACUGAAUGUAGAGCAAGGUUGUUACCACUCUGAUAAGACAACCAUAACUUCUUCUAAACCCCCAUUCCUUAUUAUAUUAUUAUUAUUUCUUUAUUUUCUUGUUGAAUCUAGUUAUUGGAGGGUUUUCGCUGGCGAGGGACGUGGUUUAACACAUUUGGGUGUACAUAGUAGGUACAGGGGGAUGCGCACUAUGUACUUUUGACUACUUUAUCAGAAGUAAAGCUUUUUGAAUGUAACACAAACGGACAAACAAGAGAGUUGUGAUAUUUUUGGGGAGUCAGUUCACUACAAAUUGAGUGUGAGACUGUUAACUUUGUACUGUACAUUUUUGUAGUUCUCCCAAUAAAAGACAUUUUGAAAAUAA